AUGCCUCCUGCCCGCCCGCCCGCUCGCCUCCCAAGGAGCCCGGCUCGUUCCCUGGCGCUUGGCACAACCGAGCAGCAGGUGCCCUGGAGGCUGCGUGGCCUUAGUGGUGUUAUUGCGACUGUCACCCGCUGUCCCCGAACCCUAGCAGCAGGCACUGUGUGUGUGUUUCAAGGGGAGGAGAAGGGAUUCCUGCCGCCAGGAGGAGCCCAGGCCGCCCCGCCAAACUUCGCCUUGCCUCCUUGCAUCCUUUCAGGUGGGACGACGAAGGAAUGGGUUGCCAAUAUUGUACUCCAAGCCUUCAGAAAAAGGGAAAGUAUUUCAAAUGAUAAAUUGGACUUAAAGAAUGAAGUAGAAUCCAGUCAACCCAAUGAUCCUGCUGUGAUCCCAAAGGAGAAUCCCCAGAAUAAACUGUAUAACAGUGACAAUGAAGAAACAUUUAGAAGGGAAUUGCCAUACUGCACAGGGGAAAUUGACUUCAUGUCUUCUGUGAAGAAACGGGGAAAGUUCAUUAAGGUCCCGUGUGCAAUCCAUCCUGGGGUUAUUUUUGAUGUCAUGAACAACAAAUGGAACCUUCCUGCUCCCAACCUGGUUGUCUCUUUAGUUGGAGAAGAAGAAAAUUUCCUGAUGAAACCUUGGUUACGUGACACCUUAAGAAAAGGACUAGUCAAGGCUGCUCAAAGCACUGGUGCAUGGAUCUUCACCAGUGCCUUGCGUGUUGGAAUAACAAAAAAUAUAGGGCAUGCAGUCCGAGAUCACACGUUGGCAAGUACUUCUUCUACAGUGAAAGUUGUUGCAAUAGGAAUAACGUCACUGGGGAAAAUUAAGGAUAAAGAACUUCUGGAAAAUGCUAAGAAUGACAGUCUUAUAAGCUACAAAUCAGACCAUGGUGCCCAAAGCCCUCCCUAUUCUCUUGACAACCAUCACUCCCAUUUUAUUUUGGUGGAUGAAAAAGAUCCAAAUGAAUCAGAUAGCACCACAAGGCUACGUCUCACCUUGGAGAAACACAUUUCAGAACAGCGAACUGGCUAUGGAGGGACAGGUAGCAUUGAAAUCCCUGUACUAUGCUUACUUGUAAAUGGAAGACCCCACAUACUUGAGCGAAUUUUCAAAGGAAUGGAAAAUUCUGCCCCAUGGCUCAUCUUAGCUGGCUCAGGUGGCAUAGCUGACAUCUUAGCUGCACUAAUGAAUGAACCACACUUAAUUGUGCCACAGGUGAUAGAAAAGCAAUUAAAGGAGAAAUUCCCUACGGAAGACUUCUUGUGGAAAGACAUUCUUCAGUGGACUGAAGUGAUCCAAAGGAUUAUUGGCCAGCAACAUCUUCUAACAGUGCAUAACUUUGAACAAGAAAGUUCAGAAGAACUGGAUACGGUUAUUUUGAAAGCACUGGUUAAAGCUUGUAAGAGUCACAGUCAAGAAGCCCAAGAAUACCUAGAUGAACUGAAGCUGGCUGUAGCCUGGAACAGAGUGGACAUAGCUAAGAGUGAGAUAUUCAAUGGAGAUGUUGAAUGGAAGUCAUGUGACCUAGAAGAAGUGAUGAUGGAUGCUCUCUUGAAUGAUAAACCAGAAUUUGUCAAGUUAUUUAUUGAUAAUGGAGCCAACAUGCAUGAGUUCCUGACGUACAGUCGGCUUCAGAAGCUCUACUGUUCCAUCUCACCAAAAUGUCUUCUGUAUACACUCCUGCUUAAAAAACAUGAAGAAAACAGAUUAACUUUGGCAGGAAUGAGUGGUCAACAUCACAAGGAGAUUACAGAUACUUCCCCUGUCUUCACUCUUCAUGAAGUUUCCAGGGUGCUGAAGGAUUUUCUUCAUGAUGCAUGCAGAGGUUUCUACCAAGACUAUAAGCCUGGAUGCAAGAAGAAAAUUGAUAAAAUAUAUGCAAAAAGGUUACCAUACUCUUUGGAUAUGAAUCAGAAAAGUGAAAAUCCUUGGAGAGAUUUAUUCUUAUGGGCAGUUCUUCAAAACCGGCACAAGAUGGCAUACUACUUCUGGGCUAUGGGUCAGGAGGGCGUAGCUGCAGCCUUGGCUGCUUGUAAAAUAGUUCGAGAGAUGUCUCACCUGGAGACAGAAGCUGAAGUAGUGCGGAAAAUGAAAGAAGCAAAAUAUGAGCAUCUGGCUGUGGAACUAUUCAGUGAAUGCUACCACAACAAUGAAGAUAGAGCUUUUGCUCUGUUAGUAAGGCGAAACCGGUACUGGAGCAAAACGACUUGUCUCCACUUAGCUACAGAAGCAGAUACCAAGUCUUUCUUUGCACAUGAUGGAGUGCAGGCUUUUCUGACAAAAAUUUGGUGGGGUGACAUGUCAACAUCUACCCCAAUCUUGAAGCUAAUGUGUGGAUUUGGGUGUCCACUCCUGAUUUACACUAACUUAAUAUCAUUCAGUGAUGAACAACAAUCAGUGCAGCAUCCAGAAUCAUUUAAAGACAUUGACAGCCCAGAUAGUGAAAGGACAUUGCUUUUUCCCAAGGAAGUGGAGAGGGAAGAUGCCAAAUCAGAAACACAUGUUGUUUCUGAAAAUGUAGCAUGCGCUACGUUUGUGUUUACAAGAUGGAGAAAAUUCUGGACUGCUCCUGUGACAGUCUUUAUGGGAAAUGUCAUCAUGUACUUUGCCUUUCUCUUUCUGUUUGCCUAUGUCCUCUUAGUGGAUUUCAAGCCACCCCCUCCCAAAGGUCCCUCCAUCCAAGAGAUUGUGCUUUACUUCUGGGUUUUUACCCUGGUCUUAGAAGAAAUCCGACAGAGCUUUUUCACUGAUGAAGAUUCCAAUUUAAUUAAAAAAAUGAAACUGUAUGUAGAAGACAACUGGAACAAGUGCGAUAUGGUGGCGAUGUUUUUAUUCAUAAUUGGAGUCAUGUGCAGAAUGUUCAAAUCAACCUUUCAAGGUGGCCGUACAAUACUAGCCAUUGACUUUAUGGUGUUCACUCUUAGACUGAUUCAUAUUUUUGCCAUUCAUAAGCAAUUGGGACCAAAGAUAAUUGUUGUGGAGAGAAUGAUGAAGGAUGUUUUCUUCUUCCUUUUCUUCCUGACUGUGUGGCUGAUUGCCUAUGGGGUAACAACACAAGCCUUGCUCCAUCCUAAUGACAGUCGGGCAGAAUGGAUCUUCAGGAGGGUUCUCUACCGUCCCUAUCUUCAAAUAUUUGGACAGAUUCCACUAGACGAAAUAGACUCAUCUCGCAUGAACUUUGGAAACUGUACAUCCAAUCCUGAGAGGACCAUGAUAGAGAAUGUGUGGUCGUGUCCUAAUGCCUAUGCUAACUGGCUUGUUAUACUUCUCUUGGUCAUUUUCCUAUUGGUUACAAAUGUGCUGCUUAUGAAUCUCUUGAUUGCCAUGUUCAGUUACACUUUUCAGGUCGUUCAAGGAAAUGCAGACAUCUUCUGGAAAUUUCAACGUUACAAUCUGAUUGUUGAAUACCAUGGUCGCCCUGCAUUUCCUCCUCCCUUUAUCAUUAUUGACCACAUUAAACUGUUUCUUAGAAGGCUUUUUAAGAAGAUGGAACACAAAACAGAGCAUUUGGAAAGAGAUCUACGAGAAGGGCUGGAUCAAAAAAUCAUCACCUGGGAGAUGCUACAAAAAGAAAACUACCUGGCAAAUCUGGACAAAAAGAAAAAAGAAAGCAAUGAAGAAAGACUAAAGAAAGUGGCAGACAAGGUGAACAAUCUUUUCAAAUAUUUUUGUGGCUUGAAAGAGCAAGAAAAGCAGCUUAGAUCUUUGGAAUCUCAAAUCAGAUACUGCACAGUUGUGCUUUCCUCAAUGGCAGACUCCUUAACCCAAACCAGCUUAUUAUCCAAUACACAGCCUCUGAAUUAUGCAUGUUUCAUAAACUCGGGCACUGAACAAAUGCCUGCACCAGAAAGCAAAAAAGAUGGAGAUGACACCAGUCAGUUGGAAGAUGGUAUGAUGUACAUAGACAACUAG